AUGGAGCUCUGGGAUGUUCCACGCAUGAUGAAUCGCAUGAUGAACGAAUGCAAGCGAGAUUUUGACAGGACCGUCUUCCCGUAUUGGAGAGAUGCUGACCAUUCUGUUCUUCACGUCGGUAACGACUCUCACCAAGUGAUAGAUGACGAAAAGAAGUUCGCAGUUUCGCUGGAUGUGUCACAAUUUCGGCCGGAAGAGCUGAAUGUGCACUUGGAUGGAAGGGAACUCACCGUCGAAGGCAAGCAAGAACAUAAAAAUGAGAACAACUUCACGCAAAGAUCAUUCAUCCGAAAAUGGACGCUACCGGAAAACGUAGAUUUGGAGGCGAUACGCACUCAGCUCAGCGACAAAGGUCACCUGUGUGUGGAAGCACCGAAGACGGAUGCAACAACGCCGAACAGAAGAAAUAUUCCGAUCACGGCUGCGUCGUCUAAGAUGUAA